AAGCGUUGGGUAGCGAUCGUGUACGUGACCACUGUCACAUCACCGGUGCUUACCGUGGUGCAGCACACAACCAUUGUAACCUGAACAUGCGGAUUGAGCCGUUCAAGAUCAAGAUUCCUGUGAUCUUUCAUAACUUGAAGGGAUACGAUUCUCAUCACAUCAUAUCUGCCAUUGGGAGAACGUCCACUGAUGAGAUUACGUAUGUGAACGAGAAAGGACAAGAACGGACCAAGCGUCUCGGUGCUAUCAAAGUGAUUCCCAUCAACAGUGAAAAAUAUGUCACAUUCGGAUGGAGACAGUUCCAGUUCAUCGACAGCCUGGCAUUCUUGAACACCUCCCUAGACCGGUUGGUUUCGGCUACACCACCAGAUGCAUUCGCCCUUCUAUCCGCACGAUUUCCAGACGAGGAUGAACGCAAACUGUUGACACGAAAGGGUGUCUACCCGUAUGAAUAUAUGGGGUCGUACGACCAAUUCGAAGAAACGCGUCUACCACCCAAGGAUGCAUUCCACUCAACGCUAACGAACACGGGUAUCAGUGAUGAAGACUAUGCCUAUGCGCAAACAGUAUGGACUGCGUUUGACUGUGAAGAUCUAGGAGACUAUCACGACCUCUACCUGGAGACUGAUGUGCUGCUGUUGGCUGACGUUUUCGAAAACUUCAGAAGAACUGCUCACACAACCUAUGGAUUGGAUCCCGCUAAUUACCUCACCUUACCGGGAUUUGCCUGGGAUUCGCUGCUGAAAAUGACGAAGGUGUCCCUUCAUCUCAUUUCCGACAUUGACAUGUUCAACUUCAUUGAGCAUGGCAAAAGAGGUGGCAUAAGCAUGGUGUCCGCUAGACACGCCAGUAAUAUGGUGUCAUGA